GCUCUCUGGACUUCCCAUCGAGAAGAUGUCCACCAAAGCCAAAAUGAGGUACUGGAGCUGGUUCGUUUUGGCAACCUUGCUGUGCCAAGAGUUCUCUCGCUUCCGAGCGGCGGCGGCGAAGAAAGAGCGAAAGAAGGCGAAGGAGCCCAACCAAUACACAGAACCCUUCAACACGACGCUCUCCAACAGCGAAGAGCUACACGGGCACUCCAAGAUGCUUGAGUCUCCAGACCCUCACAUCACCGACCCGCGUCGCACGUGGAUUUCAUUUGUACAUCGUCCUGAUGAUGGCAACAACAAAAAGAAAUGCAGAGGGAAAGAUAAGAAAUUACGUGGGCUUGUUGGUCCUCCAGGCCCCCCAGGGCCACCUGGUCCUCCUGGAGCUGAAGUCACCCAGGAAGUCUUGCUGCAAGAGUUCAAGGAGAUGUUGAAAGAAGCUACCGAACGGCGGGCACCCCCGGCACUGCCAGCCCCUCCCAGCGAGGAACCUCCUCUCCUGCUGACCCUGGAGGAAGUGUCGCCCUACAAGCGGGUGGAGGAAGCCUUCCACUGCAAGCUCAAGGGGCAGAUCGUUGUGGACAAGAAAACCCUGGUGGAACUUCAGAACUUCCAGAUGCCUUUGACCAAAGGAGCUUUUCUCCGAGGAUCUGGGUUAAACCUAGCGACUGGGCGGUUCACAGCUCUGCUCUCCGGCAUUUAUCAGUUUUCAGCCAACGUCCACAUUGACCACAGUGAGCUAAAAAGCAAACUGCAGCUACGAGCCAGAGAUAACGUCCGGGUCCUGAUUUGCAUCGAGUCUCUGUGCCACCGAUACACGUCUUUGGAAGUGAUCGCCGGCCUGGAAAGCAAUAGCAAAAUCUUCACAGUUUAUGUCCACGGACUGCUGCAGCUACAGGCAGGACAAUAUACGUCAAUAUUCAUCGAUAACAGUGCCGGUGCACCCAUCACGAUUCAGAACGGGUCCGAUUUCAUGGGGAUGUUUAUGGGAGUCUAAUCCCGAAGGACCACCAUUGCUGUCCAGCGGGGGAAGAAAAGAAACCAUAACCGAGGACAUACACUUCUGAACUUUGACCCCUCUCCUCUCCUGGAAAAUUGCCUUCUUGUCGCCGGGCAACUCUGACUCAGUCAAGCAAGCGUACCUCCCUUCCGCCAUGGGUGGGACAACAGUCUGAGGGGGGCGGGAAAUGGUGGACAGCUCUAGCCACUGAAUACAAAACCUAAGUCUCUUUUCCUGUCAUAGAAAUUCCAUCUUUUCUCCCAGAAAAAUGGUCAUUUCUGAGAACCAAAUCUGGAUCUUUUCAGGUAUAUAUAUAAAAAAACAACACUGCAAAAAUCCAGAGAAUCCAGUAUGAGGCUUUACGUAUUUAGCAUGGGCAUUUGAGAUGCAGUGUGGUGUUGGACUGGGGAGACCUGAGUUCCAAUCUCCCCUCAGCUUAUUGGGGUACCUUGCGCCCGUCACAUCACCUUCCAAAUCAUCCUCAUAGAGUUGUCCCAAGGAUACAAUAGAGGGGAGAACCACAGAGACAACCUUGAGCUCCUCAAAGGAGAGGUGGACUGAACAUGUGACCCAGUUUUAACAUUUCCCUUUUCAUUUUUUGUUCCCCCUCCUUCUCCCCAGUUUUAUUGCCAACAUUUAAAAACAAGUUUGCAAAUGCAGCUUUGAAGAUAAUCAUGUUCACCGGCUGUGUGAUGGAACUGAAUGCCAUUUUAUCCAGGCUUCCCUGAUUGUGGGGGACGGGUUUUUUUUUUAUCAUAAAACAGCUUAAAUUACAGGAUUUUGUAAGCCU